UCAACAUUCUCAGGGUGAAUUCCAUGUCAAAAGAAUUCUCAGUUGAACUUCGAAAACUAUCUGUUCCUCAGAUUGAUAGUUUUAGUCCUUCAGACGUAAAAUUGCAACGACCCGAAUUUGUUGCAUGCGAGGCUCAAACCAAUGAAGAAUAUUGGACGGCAGCAUGGCUAAGAGCAGAGUCUCAUUGGGAGGGCCAAGAACAUGAUCGAUACGUUGAAAACUACAAACGGAAGUUCGCACAACAGGAGUUUCACGAGAUGAAAACGAGAUACAGUUCACAAGUCGGAGAGAAUUGCAAAUGCAUUGUGAUGGUAAAGAAUGAGGGCAUAAAUGCGAAGGGUGCCGAAUCGAAGAGUGUCGUUGGAACCUUGGACUUGAGCAUUCGAUAUUUGUCUCACGGAGAGAACUUUCCAGGGGAACGAGUUAUACCCCCUCUUUUCUGCCUUGUCGAUAGACAAACCACAAGCAGAUACGGCUAUAUAUCAAACUUAUGCGUUGCUAAAUCAACUCGUCGACAGGGUAUUGCAAGCAGCAUGCUCAAAUUCGCCGUUACAUCUGCCAAGGAACUUGGUGCGGAGAAGGUGUUUGCCCAUGUUUACACAAAUAACAAAUCAGCUCAGAGCCUAUAUCAGAAGAUGGGGUUUGAGGUUGUGGAUGCAGCAACUUCUCGACUCUCCGCCGAUCGAAUGUACUUGCUGUGCCUUGAUUUGAAGCUUCAUACUUGUUUUGAUAUUUAUUCAUUCUCUAUUUAAUUGUAAUUUCAAAUCACAUAAGUAUAACUAACUUUUUUUUUUUUUAAUUUAAUUUAUUUAUAGAAAUAAGUAUAUAACUAACUCAAUAUUGCAAAGAAUAAAUACUUGGAGAUGAAUAGUAAAGAAUGUAAUUAUAUAAAUAAUAUUAUAAUAAAUAGUGAAGAAUAUAAAUCACAAAUUAUUUCACCCCCAGUCCAAAAAAAAAAAAAAAACAGUUGCCCGAUGGCAGUGAUGCUCGAUGAGUCGAUAGCCCUCGUGGAUGGUGCCGCUGCCGGUCAAACUGCUUUGACCACCGCUGCAAUAUUCGGCGGCAGCGUAGCAGCAGCCAUUAUUCUGGUUAACGGAGUGCCCAAUUUACCCUACAUUCCCAACAAAUUUGGUAAUUUUCCGGUACGAAUUGCGGCUCAAUAUGCACAGAGAGACAUGCUUUAAGUAACUGAUUUCGAUCACCAAGGACGACGAUCAGUGGCAGAACCCUUACGCUGGCUUCGCCGGAACCAAACUUGUCGUUGUUUGCCAUUGAUUCCGAAUUCUCCGGUCAGCAGCUAGAUAGAUUGAUUUGUGCAUUUGCCAAUUAAGAUGACAAAUAUUGAUUAAUGAUGUGUUAAUUCUGAUCGCAUAUUUUGCACUGGAGUUGGUGGAGAAGUACCCUGAUUUCGUUUAGUAGACAACACCAAGGUUAAGAUGUUGCUGAAGUUACAAGCUCGAGAACUCGUUAAACGUCUGUGCAAGGAAAUCGAGCCAUGGAGUAACUAUACGGCAGCUUACGCCAUCAAUUCUGAUGCCAUCAUGACAUCAGCACAAUUAGGGAUCCCGACAUUGUUGAAGAGAUUGCCGAGGCUUUCUCAGUUGCUGUUUAUUGUUACAAUCAAGAUGUGAUGCUUCGCAGAAACAGCAACACGAAGACUUUGAAAUAAAAAUACUGACAUAAAGUCCAAGUCAAUGUCAGAACAAGUGCUUCUAAUUAAAUCAUAAAAGCUUUGAAGUACUAUAAUUUAUACAGCUGAAAUGUAUGUAGAGAGCUUCAUUCAGAAUUCAUCAAGAGGAUCACUUUAACUGGCAAAAAUGAUGGCGUUGCCUUCCUCACGAUUCGUGAAUAGCAACAUCAGUAAUUUCGACUAUAUCAUUAAUGUUGAAGAUAGUCACCAAAGCUGGUCCUUACCCCUGUACAAAGCCCUAAACCAGGGUAACUGGGAGAUUGUAGAGAUGAUCAUGAGACAACAGCCUGCGGCAAUCACGGCAAGGCUGACGCCGUUCGCCGAGACACCGCUCCUGGUGGCGGUCAAGGCCGGGCAGGGGCUGCCCUUUAUAAAGAAACUGUUGAAUUUUAUGCCGCCAGAGGCUCUGGCCCUCACCGACUACUUCGGCAGCUCCGCCCUCCACGCGGUGGCUGUGCUGGGAAACACCCAGGCCGCUAGGCUGUUUGUCGAGAAAAACGGUGAUCUGCCGAAUUUUUGGAAUGUGGACGGAUGUUUGCCGAUCCACUUGGCUGCAAUGCGCGGACACAGAGAAAUGACGUUGUACCUCUUCUCUGUUGCAAGAGAAAAUGGUAAUUCGGACCCUUUUAAGGAUGCUGCUGGUGCCACACUUAUGCGCUUUGCUGUAGCUGCUGGAUUUUAUGAUUUAGCACUGUAUCUGGUUGAGCACAACCCAGAAUUGGCAUGGCAGCAUGAGAUUAUAACUUCAUUAGAACUGCUAGCUGAAGAGCCUUCUGCUUUCGCAAGUGGAAUGGACUUUAAUAUUUGGCAGUUUUUGAUCUAUUCGUGUGUUCCUAAGAAGCUGAUUGAGAUGCCAGAGAGCUUAGUCGGCACUAAGAAAUCACCAAUUUAUUCUUCUUCCUUCAAUAUGCGAAGACGUUGUUGCAGGAAUCUGUUUUCAAGAGGAAAGUUACCUAUAUCUCUAAUAUAUGCUUUUUGUUUUGUAUUAUUAUAUUAUUAUUUGCUUUAGCUUAUUCUCAGCUUAUUUUUGCAGCUUCUCAAGAAUUACAUAUGAUACUUUGGAAGGUUCUCGAGACAUUAGUGAUACCUCUAAAACGUGUACGUCACAAAAAAGCUAUGCAUCGUCAUGCACACCAACUAGUGAAGAGAUUGUGCUCGGAAAUCAAGUGUUUGGAUAAUGCAAAAGCUUCGUCCAUACUUACAGGGCCGUUCCUUAUUGGGGCACAAAACGGGAUCCACGAGAUUGUCAGAGAAAUACUGGAAUCUUUUCCUCAUGCAAUAACCUUUUUAGACGAAGAGAACCACUCUGUAUUCCAUCUUGCAGCAAUGUAUCGACACGAGAAGAUAUUCAAGAUUGUUCAUCAGCAAAGUGGACAGUAUAAGAUGUCUCUGUCAGUGUUGCUGGAUAAUAGGGGGAAUAAUAUACUGCAUUUGGUGGCAUGUGGGCCCCAUCAAGACCGGCUCGAUUUUAGCUCUAGAGCUGUUCUUCGGAUGCAGCGUGAACUACAGUGGUACAAGGAAAUCGAGACAUUUGUGCUGCCACAUGAAAGGAAGUCGAAGAACGCAGACGGCAAAACCCCACUAACAAUCUUCAACGAAGAGCACCGUGAAUUGGCUGCGUAUGAGACCCAGUGGAUGAUAGGCAUGUCCACGUCAUGCACAGUCGCAGCCUCACUCAUCGCCACCGUGGCAUUUGCUGCUGCAAUCACAGUACCUGGCGGGACCACCUCCGACGGCUCCCCAACAUUCUCCACAGAAAACGCCUUUGUGGCCUUUGCCGUUUCUGACGCGCUCGCCCUUCUCUCGUCCCUCACAACUGUCCUGUCGUUCUUAUCCAUUUUCACUUCACGUUACACGGUCAAUGAUUUCCUCUAUGCAUUGCCGAAUCGGUUGAUAAUUGGUCUGAUCUCACUCUUUAUGUCGGUGACAUCCUUAAUGCUUGCGUUUAGUUCGACUAUGUACCUUGUGGCUGCUCAAAAGAAUGGCCUUAUCCUCAUACCCAUAAUAGCGUUGGCUUGUGUACCCGUGACCCUUUUUGCAUGCCUGCAGCUUCCGCCGCUUCUUAAUAUGAUCAAAUCCACGUACGGUCCUAGCAUUUUCGAUUAAUUAGUUGCUGCGUUUAUAUUUUUUUUUUCUUUUCGUGUAUGUAGGGUGUUUACGCAAGACCGUCCGUCUCGAUGGGUGGAAAUUAUAUUGUACGGAAUGCUGAACCUGAUACUCCACAGUUCAGUUUGGUUAUUACAAUGGGUGGAAAUUGGAACAGAAUUUUCGAAGAUAUUUCCGAUUUUGGAACAAGUUUAUUUUUA